AUGGCUAAGAUUCAUCCUCAAACAUCAGUGAAGGGUUCUGAUCACUCAACAUCAGAAAGAGAAACGUUUACAAUAUGGAUGAAAUCCCUUGUAUUCCAUGGAAAUGGUUGCACUGUUUUUAAUUCCAAAGGCGAAGUCGUUUUUCGAGUUGAUAAUUACCAAACAAGACAUAGCAGUGAAGUUUUUCUCAUGGAUUUCAAUGGUGAAGUUCUAUUCUCCAUGAAAAGAAAGGUGAUAAAGAAGCAGUCUUUAUCAGGAGUUCCUUUGGGUGAUGAUGUAUUAACUUUAGUGUUGGAACCUCAAAUGGAUUAUUCACUAGUUAUGGCUCUU